AUGUCAAUGGACCUGUUUGAGGACACCGCUUGGACUGUCCUCAACGGACAUGUACCCGCAUAUUUUGGCGACUCAAAACUAGACGAUUCGCCUCGUAGAUAUGAUACAGAGGUCACCAAGCAGAAUCACUUACCUCAACUACACCUCUAUUCAACCUGCAAGUCAAACGUCAACAUGGCCGCACCUCCACAGAUCACGACAGACACCGCGGCCGGGGCUGCCGCGGCCGACUUCAUGGCUCUCAACAAGAAGUACACAGAGGAGAAAGAGAAGCGCCAGCGGUCUGACGGCAACGCGCAGUACAUUGAGAUGGAGACAGACGCGAAGUUCAGCAAGCUGGCCCAAGACCCAUGGGUCGAUCAUGAGAAGCUCAACGCCCAGACGCCGAGCCUCAAGGAUGGCGACGAGAUGAAGUUCAUCAUCCUCGGCGCCGGCUACGGAGGGCUGCUGUUCGCAAUUCGAUUCAUCCAAGCUGGUUUCAAGCCCGAGGAUAUUCGCCUGGUCGACGCCGCUGGUGGAUUUGGCGGCACGUGGUAUUGGAAUCGUUACCCGGGUCUAAUGUGUGACGUCGAAUCCUACACCUACAUGCCGCUCCUCGAGGAGACGGGCUAUGUUCCGAAGCACCGAUACUCGUAUGGCCACGAGUUGCGGGCUCAUGCGGACCGAAUGGCAGAGACAUGGGACUUGACAGAUAAGGGUGUGUUCCGCUCGCAGAUCAAGAGUUAUGAGUGGGACGAGGACGCUAAGCGAUGGAUCGUGGUUAUCGAGCAGGUUCGCGGCCCGAAUGAUUCGCCCAUCACGAUGACGGUUCGAUCACAGUUCGUCGUUCUGGCCAACGGUGUUCUGAACCAUCCCAAAGCGGCCAAGAAUCUCGAGGCAUUUGAGGGCGACAUGUUCCAUACUGCGCGGUGGAACUACGAAGUCACUGGUGGGAACGCGGAGGACCUCGAGAAUGUCCAGCUUACUGGCCUUGAGGGAAAACGUGUUGGCAUCAUUGGUACUGGCGCAACCGCCAUUCAGCUCGUUCCACAGCUCGCCAAGUGGGCGAAGGAGCUCUACGUCUUCCAAAGAACGCCGUCAUCUGUGGAAGAGAGAGGCCAGAGGCCUACUGAUCCAGAAGAGUGGAAGAAGAUUGCCGACGGCCCUGGCUGGCAGAGGCGUCGCCUUGACAACUUCAAUUCACUUGUUUCUGGCGGCGAGGUAGAAGAGAACUUGGUAGAUGAUGGCUGGACGAAGAUUCAGACUUACAAAGGCCUUGUCGGCGCACCACACGAGAAACCUCUUGGAUUGGAGGAUAUCCCCAGCCAUAUCGGCAGUCUUCUCGCCCUGGAUGCCCCGAGAUCAGAGAGGAUUCGACGUCGAGUUGAGGAAAUUGUGAAGAAUAAGUCAGUUGCUGAGGCUUUGAAGCCAUGGUACCCAUCAUGGUGCAAGCGACCGACCUUCCAUGACGACUACCUCCCGGCGUUCAACCUACCCAACGUACACCUUGUUGAUACAAACGGCAAGGGAGUUGACCACGCCACCAAGAAUUCACUAGUCGUCGACGGUACAGACUAUCCCCUCGAUGUCAUUGUGCUGAGCACGGGAUACAGGCCGCCUGCAGCAGACAUGGCCGAGCCAUCGGGCAGAUCCAACAUGACCAUCAAGGGCCGGAACGGCGAGCUCCUAUCGGAUAAGUGGUCGGGAAAAGGCCCGUCUACCUUCCACGGCGUUCUCACCAACGGUUUUCCAAACCUGUUCCUGACCGGCCCUUUGCAGAUCGGCGCCGCGGCAAACUUUGCUUAUGCCCAGGACGUCCUUUCUCAACAUUGCGCAUACAUGGUAGUCGAAGCUAUGAAGCGCGCGGGGAAAAGCACUAAUAAGAUGACUAUAGAGAGCAUAUUGGCGGGGGAAGAAGCAUAUGUCGGUUUCAUUAUGCAGCAUGCGGCUUGGUUCUCUAGUUUGUCUAUAUGCACACCAAGCUACAUGAACAAUGAGGGCGAAAAGGCACCACUGGAGGCACAAAUGAAGUUGGCCAGAGGAGCGCCGUUUCCACAUGGUAUCAAUUCCUAUGUAAAAUUCCUGGAGGACUGGCGGGCAGGUGGCUCGAUGAGCGGUAUUCAAGUCACAGCAUAG